GGCAGCCUAAGGAGAAAGCGAUGGAAAGGGCUGGUGGAGGCGGAUAAAUAGUUAAUGCAAUAAUCAGGCAGCACAGAGAGAGAGACACACACACACAGAGACAGACGGAGAGCGGGCAGCGUGCGGCGGCUCUGCCAGGAUGAAUCCGCAGGCUGCAGCGGGGUUUGUGCUGCUGCACGUCGUGGCUCCGGACCUGCAGGAGGGAGAGGCGGCGGCGGCGGUGGGCUCGGGGCUGGGGUUGGGGCUGAAGCCGCUGCCCUUCGACGUGAGCCGCCGCCCGGCCAGGUUGCUGCAGGAUGCCGCCUGCAGGCUGCAGCACCUGGAGCUGCCCGCAACAAAGGGCUCCCGGCCGCAGCUGAUGGUCUUCCGCAACCUGGCGCCGGCCGCCGAGCCCGCUGCCCGGGCGGUGGGGGGCGGCAGCGGCGGCGGGGGGCCGGAGCGGCCCAAGCGGGCGGCCUCCCCUCGCCUCUGCCCGCGGCACCGCCGCUGCUCGGGCCGGGCCCGCAACCGGCGCGACGAGCGGGGGGUCUCCGACCUGGCGCGGGACUUCGGCGACUUCACGGUGGGGCCGGGCCGGGAGGAAUGUCCCGGCGACGGCCCGGGUCCGGGCCCGGGCUGCGAGUGCUCGGGCCUGGGGCUGGCGGGGCCUCGGCCUCCCGCCGAGGAGACCAGCGACGCGGUGCUGGUGCUGGGGGCGAUGGAGGAAGCCGGCGCCGAGCUGGAGGCCGAGGCCGGGCCCGGGGCCGACUGCCCCCUCCGCAUCCUGUGCCGGAGCCUGGGCGAGGAGCCGCCCGCCGCCUGCCCGCUGCACCAGGAGCCGCAGCCGGGCCCCGGCCCACCCUCCGCCGCCCCCCCGGCCGAGCCCGACGACCCGCUGGCCGGCCGCUCCCGCAAGACCUCGCUGAGAAGCCGCCUCACCAAACUCUUCCGAGCCCGGAGCUGCAACGGCGCGCCGGAGCCCGGAGCCAAGCGACACUCGGUGCAGCUGCAGGGCCCGGCCGGCUGCCCGCUGGACGGGGCCGCGCCGGCGGAGGGCCCGGACACCAGCAAACCCAGACUGACUCGGACACAAAGUGCCUUCACUCCGGUGUCUUUAGCGCCACCUUUCACAGGAGAAACUGUGUCACUGGUCGACCUGGAUAUUUCUCGUCGUGGACCACCAUCUCCUCAUCCUCCGACACCACCACCCCCCCCUCGCAGAAGUCUCAGUCUUCUAGAUGAUAUUGGUGGGCCUCAGCCUCCGUCUUACCCAGUCAGCCCGGCCGCUGCCAGCUUACAGUCGCUACCUUUGCCACCUCCACCUCCACCUCCACCUCACACCUCCAUCCAGCUCAGUCUCAGCUUGAGCGACACUUUGCAGAGGAACUUGCCCCAAAUCCGACCGAUGACUCUGCAGCCUCAGCACUGCCCAUUGACCAGGAGAGACUCCAACAGCUUUGCAGCCAGCUUACGGGAACUUGAAAAGUGCGGCUGGUACUGGGGUCCAAUGAACUGGGACGACGCAGAAAUGAAGUUGAAAGGAAAGCCGGAUGGUUCGUUCCUGGUGAGGGACAGCUCAGACCCCCGCUACAUCCUCAGCCUCAGCUUCCGCUCCCAGGGGAUCACCCACCACACCAGGAUGGAGCACUAUCGAGGUACCUUCAGCUUAUGGUGCCACCCAAAAUUUGAAGACCGUUGCCAAUCCGUGGUUGAGUUCAUUGAGAGGGCCAUCAUGCAUUCCAAAAAUGGGAAAUUCCUCUAUUUUCUGCGUUCCCGAGUUCCUGGUCUCCCUCCCACCCCAGUCCAGCUCCUCUAUCCAGUCUCUCGCUUCAGCAACGUGAAGUCUCUGCAGCACCUGUGCCGCUUCCGGAUCCGGCAGCUUGUCCGGAUAGACCACAUUCCCGAGCUCCCGCUGCCAAAACCCCUCAUUUCGUAUCUGCGCAAGUUCUACUACUACGAUCCCGAGGAGGAGACGUACCUGUCUCUGAGGGAAGCUCGUCUCAGCGUGGCCCCUGAACAGGAUAUGGACACCCAGACGUAGCUGGUCGAGAGUUGCCGCUUGAAUCGUCUACAGUUGGAUCAUUACUGUGGGCAGUGGGCACAGCAAAGUCUGACGGGACUACUACGCCAGGACUGAGGGGGCUCAUCGAUUUCCCGGAAAUGCUCCUUAUUCCCGAUGCUAAUAUAGACCCAUCGUAAAGGUGGUGCAAGGGGUUGGUGGUGUGGAACAGGGGCUGGAGUAUGACCGAAUUCCUCCCUGGAUGGUGAAGAUGGAACAGGACAAUCAAACGUUUGAUGAUGGAUUUGCACUUUCUACCAAGAAAGACUGGUGUUGGUAACUAACAGCUUUAUACUGGAAGGAGAGAGAGAGAGAGACAGACAGUGUUCUCCCUCUUUCAGAGACAUUCUCAAUGCUGAGAUUCCUGAUUUGGAAUGAAUGCCUGGAAGGGUUAUAUUGCACAAUGUUUUUGUUUUGUUAAUUCAUGGAUUAAACUACUGGUUAUAUUUGCAGGCUAUUUAACUUGGUAAUUUAAAGAAAUCAUUUAUAAGUAACUCCUUUAUCUGGCUGGAUUUCAGUAUUGCUGCAGGAGGUUCUCCCUGUGUCAUAUUCCACAGAAGCUGAGGGUAAAUGCAAGCAAACUCUUCCCACAGCAGAGUGCAGCACCAAGCCACAGUGUGUGCAGUGACUUGCCCUCGUGUUUUGCUCCUGGUUUUCUGGGUGCCCAGUGUCCUCUGGACCCACAGCCAUUGGUGUGAGGAGGGUUGGGGUAGAAUUCCUGAAUUCCCUGGUUGAAUGUAUUCAUUGAGGUUUCUUCAUGUGACCUUUCAGCUGCCCCGCCUCCUUCACCUUGCUAUUGGUCACUUGGCACAUCCAUCCUCUCAAUGGCCAACUAAUCAGAGAAUAAGACUUGUGCAAUUGGAUUAUUUCUGAUGCAAUUAAAACAGUUGUUUGACUAGUCAUUACAAUCUUCUGUUUGAGGAAGUGUUCAAAAAAAGGAAAUAAAUCUGUUUUGAGAUUUUUGAGCCCCAUAGCUUUUCACCAGAGUGUUGUUCAGAGGGCCCUGGACAUUACUCCCAGGAGAUUCCAGGACAUUACUGGAGUGUUAGUAACCCCAGUGGCAGUGAGUGCACAGUGUACCAGCAAACUGGCUUACUUCCUCCCUCCUCUUUUCCCCCCACCCCCGGCACUGGCAUACUCUGGGUCGCUAGAUCAGAUCCAACUGAUUUUGUAGAAUUCCAGCAACCUUUUGGAAAAUCCCCCAGUUGGUCAGUGUGACUACAAGGUGCUCAUUUUUUUUUUUGGAGUGGUCUUGCUUGAACCAUGAAAAACUGGCAUCAAAUUUAUACUGUGUGGACCCCCAACCUCCUCCUCCACUCCCCAACUAACUGGACCCAUGGCCUACCUGUUGUACAGUAUGCAUGUGUGUGCAUUAAUUGGAUCAGGCUGAUUCUAAUGACAUGAAACACCAGGACCUUCGUGUGCAGUGGCAGUUAUUGAUUUGUUGACGUGCUCUGCACAGCCAGUUUUUAGCCUUUGCAGGCACUGAAGAAUUUCUAGACCUCUGUUAUAGAGUCUUAUUGAUAUUAGUCUUGAAUAUAUCCAAUGACUGAGCACUUACAACCCUACAGGGUCAAAGUUGAGUUUAAGUACAUGUGUGCACAGAUGCAAUGAAAAACUUACUUGCAGCAGCAUCACAGGCACAUAGCAUCAGAUAAGCAGCGUUCACAAGAAAAAAACAUAAAUUAAACAAUUUUUACAAGAAGAACACAAUUAGAACAAGAAAGAAGGCAGACUCCAUUUUAGUUCAAACUGAUCGUGUAGAGGAUUCCCAAGACUUUCAAACCUUUGAGUGAAGAAAUUUCUCAUCAUCUCAUUCCCAAGCACUUGACUCCUCAUUGUAAGACACGGUGAUCCCCUGCUCUGGAAGUCCAGCUGUCGCACUCUGUUUCCAUAGGUCACCAACUCUGCAGCUUUUCCAGGCUGUUGGGGGCUCCCACUCUUCCUGAAUUGCCCUGGAGUCGACUGGAAUUGAAGACUGUUCCCUCAAGUAAUGCAGCGCCCUGCUCCUGGGGGAAAUACUGGGAGGAGGGACUUUUUUUUUUGAUGUCAGGAAAGACACUAUUUCUUCCCCAGGGUUGAUUCUGUAAAGGGGUGGAACCAGCAAAAAUCUCAGCUCAUUGUGGAACCAAGUUUAACCCUUUCAGUCAGCCUGUAAGAGGCUUCUAACCCUUGUGACUUCAACCUUGUUUCACAGUGAAGCUCUAUGGUUAAAUCAUUGAUCAAUAGCUUCCAAGCUGCACCCAAGAGUUUGAGUGGUGUAGAUCUGUGACCCAGGACAUCCUGUCAGUGGGCAUGUGUCCCACGGAAGGUCAGCGACAAGAACGACUGCUUGCCAGGUCUCCAGGACUCUGCUGUGCUCUCCAGGGAUUAAAGAUUAACCUACCAAUGUUCCACCAAUCAGCACAUUUAAAUCGCCUCCAACACCUGCUCCUGUAACAGAGUAUAAGCCUCUCUGUAUUCCUGGGAAUUCACCGCACUGUGCCAACCUCUCAUCCACACACUGAAAGCUGCUUCCAGUAACCAGCGAUUCAGUGAGAUUCUUGCACACAGACUAGUCGACUGGAAUUUCAGAUCAUCAAACUGCAUAAACACCAAGACAAUUAUUUACAGGCAACCCCCUCCCCUGUGUGAUGGGGGUGGGGGUUAUACUCCCGGCAAAUGGUCCAUAUCGCAAUUUUCUGUAACACUAUCGGGUUUCUUGACACACGCACAGGUGACUCGAGUUGGGUGGGGGUAGAAAAAUAAUUUUUGUUUUUUUUUCUUUCUCAAAUUCCGAGAGGGAAAAUUUUAUUUCGUUUCAUAAAUUCCUGGGUAGUGAAUUGUGCAAGGGCAAAUUUUCGUUACCCAAAUGGGCAUUGCACAGGGGUUACCUGUACUACUGUUACUAAAAGUUACCCCUGUGGUCCAUUUGUCAGUUAUCUUAAAUCUGUGCCUUCUGGUUAGAAGCAGCGCAAAGGUCCCUCGAGCACCCUGCUCUGUCCUAGAAUCCUACUUGUAGCAUAUAGAAGUUUUUUUCCAUAGCCCACACUGAGUUGGAAUGGGAAAGCACCUCCAACGCAUCCUCGCCAAGCUGUUUGGGUACCAGUUGGUUGAUGCAUUAGGUGGGCGUUGGGUUUUGUACUGAGACAUAGUACAGGGGGAGCUGUGGUAGAUGCUGCAGUGAGUCCACCAGCACUGCCAAGGAGGACAUUGUUCCACCAAUCCAGGCAAGAAAUCCGUAACCCAGAUCAAAGGACAAGUUCUGCUACAAAAUACUGUUCAGUGUUUGUGUGACUGGUUGACCUUUUUUCUAGUGUGAAAAUUAGUCCCGGUCAAGCCUCAAAACAAAAAGCUGUACCCGUUUAAGAAUGGCCUUGCCUGUUAAAUGGAGAUAUAUUUUGUGAUUGUUGCAAAACCAAUGCAGACGGAUGGUAGCUGUCCAGUCUACUGUAUCUUGUACAUACUCUGUUAAUACGCAUGUAUGUUCUUUCUCAGUAUAUACAGGACCAUGGAACAAUCAGUGCUAAUGUCAGGGGGAGUCGAGUGUAAAUGUUUCAACCCAUGUUUUGUAAAUGUUGAACAAAGGCGGUUGAUUAUUGUAUUGUGUAUUUGUAUGGAAUUUCUAUUCUUGAAACUACUGGCAUAAAAAAAUUACUUGUACAGAUUGGAGUCAGAGUAAAACUUCACUGAAUUAUAAACCAGUUGAUUUAAAGUUG